CUUGCCGCAACCACCUGCGAAUGAAAAGGCAGCAAGCAAGGCAGCCUCCGCAUUGACGAGCACUAUCACCAAUGUGGGGCCAGUUGCUCCUUAUCAAGCAUCCACGCUUACAGCUACAGCUGCUUCUGUUCCUACGUCUACAACUUCAACUACAGCUGUAUCUGCGGCUACUGCUGAAGCGACGGGUCUCUCCAAUCCCAUGCAGGCGUCGGCUGUUGCUGCUGGAACCUCGUUGACCCAGAGUGCGUCUGUGACGAUCGCAGAAAACGCAGCUGGCGUUGCUCCGGUUGUCCCGAAAGUCGCUGCCAAGGCUGGCGUGGUGACUACGGUUUCUCAAGGUCUGACAGCCGCUGCUGGUGCUCUUGCUGCUCCAAAGGCUCCCUCGGCGCCGCCAGCGCCAACUGCGAUCGAAAAAGCAUCAAGCAAGGCAGCCUCCGCGUCGACGAGCACUACAACCACUGUGGCGUCGAUUGCUCCUCAUCAAACUCCCACAUCUACGACUGCAAGCGCAAGUGCAACUACAUCUGUUUCCACAGCUAAAACUCCAACGACGUUCGUAUCUGCUGAGCCGAAGGUGUCGUCUACAGCUACUGCUGGAGCGGCGGGUCUUUCCAACACGAUGCAGGCGUCUGCUGCUGCUGCUAAAAGUGGAACCACUUUGGCCCCGAGUGCGUCUGUGACGAUCGCAGAAAAAGCAGCAGGUGUUGCUCCGGUUGUCCCGAAGGUUGCUGCUGAGGCUGGCGUGGUGACUACGGUUUCUCAAGGUCCGGAAGCCUGUGCUGGUCAUCUUGCUACUCCAAAGGAUUCCUUGCCGCAACCACCUGCGAAUGAAAAGGCAGCAAGCAAGGCAGCCUCCGAGACCGCGACGAACGUCGCAGGAACAGGACUCGAUACUGCUAAGACUGCGUCUACUCCUCUUCUUUCGUCCUCGGAUUCUGAAAACGGUAACACUGGUGUUAAGAACACUACUAAGACCACUACAACUACAGAAAGUGGAAAUACCAACAAGAAGAACGAAACGACGAAGAGCACAGCAGCAAAGGCUUCUGCGUCGGGUGUCACAGCUGCGCCAUCGGAGGCACAGACCGCCACUACGUCUACGACUAGAUCUACAGCGGAAGACGCUGGACCGACUGAGCAUCUUCAGCCUGCAGCCCCAUCUAGUUCUACUUCUACUGCACACAGAUCUCAAGCUGCUUCUGCUCGUGCUCAGGAAAGCACAUCUUCCACGUCGUAUACGUCUGGCCGUAAGGGAUUUGGAAAAGCCAGUCGUGCUCGCGAUUAUCAGGCAUCGUCUUCUUCGUCGUAUCAUCCUGGCAGAGGCCAAGGCGGACGCGGCGGUAGAGGAGGAGGAGGCGGAAGGAAUCGCAGUAGAGAGUACUAUCGAUGA